CGAAAUCCAGGGUUCCGACGCGUAAAAAUCCCAUAUGAGUUGCACCGAUACAUCUGCAAGUCUCUUACACCUUUUUCCAUCCAUCCUUGCUCCUUUUCUGUUACUUGCCAUUUACGAUAUCCCAUCCACUCAAGAUGUCUGACCCCUCCUCUCCCAAACCCGCCGACGCGCCUGCUCCCUCUUCUUCCUCCUCCAUCGACCCCCAAGCGAUCCGGGCUGAGGUUGAAAAACUCGUCGCGGAAGGUAAAAAAGCUGUUGCUCUCCAUCAGUGGGAACAAGGUGUAGACCGUUACGCUACUGCUCUUGAUCGAAUGCGACUGCUCGUAGGCGAUGCCGAUCCGGAAAUGGCACCUCUUCUUUUAGCGUACGGUAAAGCCCUUUAUGACCUCGCUUCAAGCCAGGCAGGUGUGAUGGGCAGAGAAGAACCUGUUAGGCAGGAAGACGAUGUGCCGGCUGAACCGAACAAUCCCAACUUUGUCUUUUCAGGCGACGCCCCAUCAGACGACGAAGGUGCAGCCGACGAGCCCGAGCCUGAACCUGAGUCCGAGCCCCAAGCUUCUUCAUCCUCCGCUCCUGCCCCAGCACUUGGUACCGAUGCUGCCGAAGGCGAUGAGAUGGAGGAACUUGAAGAUGACUAUAACGCCGCCUGGGAAGUUCUCGAUGUCGCACGGACGAUAUACCAAAAGAUUGUCGACGGUUUGAAAGAGGGUGAAGGGAAUAAAGAACGAAUGUUGUUGUCAGACUGUUACUUGGCCUUGGGUAAUGUUAGCUGUGAGACUGAAAACUUCCCUCAAGCGGUACAAGACUUUACAGCCGCUGUCGACAUCCAAAACACCAUCAUGCCUCCUUCCUUCCGGGACCUCGCUUCUGCGCAUUACCAACUCGCCACCGCUCUCGAAUUUACUCCUUCACCCCAAUCUCGCACUUCUGCGCUCACCCAUGUUGAAUCCGCACUCUCUUCCCUCGUCCGCCGGAAAGAAGAACUUCUCUCCUCUGACGAAUCCACAUGGUCCGAAGCAAUCAAGAAAAUGACACCAAAAGAAAAGGAAGCCGAGAUGAAGGAUGUAGAAGCGUUGAUGGGCGACUUGCAAGCCAAGAUUGAAGAGCUUAAAGCGGCUCCGCCUGCGGAAGAUUUGAUACAUGAGAGUAUCUCGCAUUUGAUGGGUCAAACAGAGGAAGCAAGCGGAAGUGGGAGCAACAAGGUGGAGAGCGGGCCGGUAAAUGAUUUGACGAGUAUGGUGAAGAAGAAGAAGCCCAAGGCGACGCCUGUGGCUCCGGCUCCAGUGUCCGCUCCGGUUGUAGAGAAAAGAGCAGCAGAAGGAGGUGAAGAGCCAGCGGCGAAGAAGGCUAAAAAUGACGAGGCGUAGUUGUUCUGUCAGUCGCUGCUUCGCAUGUUAACAAUUCUAUUUUCUUCGUUUCUUCGACCUUAUCUCAUCAUUUAUGGAAACAGACGCAUUCUAUGCAUUUUUUCAAAGACUU